CCAGGCUGUUCAAUAUAAAAAUAAAAACUAACUUACUGUCCUGCUGCUAACAAACCUGCUUUAUCCUGCCUGACUGUCCGAUGAGACUGAGCAGCACAUUAACGUCCUGCUUCUGCCUCUUUGGUGUCUUAAUAUCCGUCUUAUUGACAUCUGGGUGUAUUAAUAUCCAGGUUUUGUGUGCGUCGAUAUCAGAGGCUGAGGUCCGUCCAGUCGAAGCAGCUGAUUGGUUGACCCCUCGGGGGGGUCGAGGGUCGGAGGCCAUGGCGGGCCGACUCCUCCUCUUCCUGUGUGUCUCUGUGACGCUCGGACACGCCCACUUCCCGUCCGGACAGCGCCUGAAGCCCCGCCUCCAGAGAGACAGACGCAACAUCCGGCCGAACAUCAUCCUGAUCCUGACGGACGACCAGGACCUGGAGCUCGGUUCGAUGCAGGCGAUGAACAAAACCCGCCGCAUCAUGGAGGAAGGCGGGACUUCUUUCUCCAACGCCUUCGUGACCACGCCCAUGUGCUGUCCAUCACGCUCGAGCAUGCUCACUGGCAAGUGUCUGUUCCAGGACUACCUGACCGACCUGAUCACCGCCGAGUCCAUCCGCUACUUCCGCUCCUCAAAGAGAAUCUAUCCUCACAGACCCGUUCUGAUGGUUCUGAGCCACGCAGCGCCGCACGGACCCGAAGACUCAGCACCGCAGUACAGCAACGCGUUCGCCAACGCAUCACAACACAUGUGUAUGGUAAUCCUGCCCCCUGCAGCGCUAAUCCCUGUAAUCCGUGUGAACAAUGAGCGGCUCAGUUCUGCUCCACAGGACGAGUUCUGGAGCUCCCAGAGAAAGAAACUGGAGUUUGGUCUGAGGCAACCUGUGUGUGUCUGUGUGUGUGUCUGUGUGUGUGUGUCUCAGCUGUACAACAUGCUGGUGGAAACAGGUGAGCUGGAAAACACCUACAUCAUCUACACGUCUGACCACGGCUACCACAUCGGGCAGUUCGGCCUCGUUAAAGGUAAAUCGAUGCCGUACGAGUUCGACAUCCGAGUUCCGUUUUACAUCCGAGGACCCAACGUGGAGCAAGGCAGCAUAAACCCACACAUGGUUCUGAACAUUGACCUGGCUCCGACCAUCCUGGACAUCGCCGGCCUCGACACGCCUCCAGACAUGGACGGGAAGUCGAUCCUGACUCUGCUGGACACCGACAAACCUGCCAACAGGUUCCAGCCGAACCGCAAGUCCAAGAUCUGGAGGGACUCGUUCCUGGUGGAGAGAGGGGUUGUUGUGCAGAAGUGGCAGUGUGUCGAAGACACCACCGGGAAGCUGCGACUCUUCAAAUGUAAGAAUGAAGGGGGCGGAGCUAAGAGCUUCCAGAGGGGCGUGGUUGGCCGUCAGCGUCCAAUCAGCAUCAAGUCUCAGCUGUACCUGCCGGACUCGGACGGCUGCGACUGCGACCUGCGACCGCUGAACCUGCGACCGUCGGUGAUGAGGCCGUUCAACAAGAAGCCGUUCUUCUCCAAGAAGAAGUUCAAAGCCCUGAAAAGCUACUCGAGGAACCGUUACAGCCGCUCGCUGUCCAACAGUUACCCUGGCAACCACAGCCUGGGGGGCGGGCCAAUCCCAGAGGAGGCUGAGGAGGAGUUCAGCGGGAUGGAGGCGGUUCCUGAUGUGGUUCCUCCAAACUCCAUCAAAGUCACCCACAGAUGUUCCAUCCUGACCAACGCCACCGUCAAGUGUGACACCGGAGUCUACGAGUCCCUGCAGGCCUGGAAGGACCACAAGCUGCACAUCGACCACGAGAUCGAGACUCUGCAGACGAAGAUCAAGAACCUGAGGGAGGUCAGAGGUCACCUGAAGAAGGCCCGCCCCCUGGAGUGCGACUGCAACAAAUACCUGUACAAAUCGAAGCUGAAGAACAAGCUGAGGUUCAGAGGAGGAGGAGGAGGCCUUCAUCCCUUCAGGAAGGGCGGAGCUCGAGACAAGAAGGCGUGGCUAAUGAAGGAGCAGAAGAGGAGGAAGAAGAUGAGGAAGAUGAUCAAGAGGAUCAGGAACAACGACACGUGUUCGAUGCCGGGACUCACCUGCUUCACGCACGACAACCAGCACUGGCACACGGCGCCGUACUGGACACUGGGUCCAUUCUGUGCCUGCACCAGCGCCAACAACAACACCUACUGGUGUCUCAGGACCAUCAACGAGACGCACAACUUCCUGUUCUGUGAAUUCGCCACCGGGUUCCUCGAGUACUUUGACCUGAACACAGACCCAUACCAGCUCAUCAACGCUGUCAGCUCUUUGGACCGGACGGUUCUGAACCAGCUCCACGUCCAGCUGAUGGAGCUCCGAGGCUGCAGAGGACACAAGCAGUGCAACCCUCGCACGCGCUCAGUGGAGCUCGGUGGGCGGGCUCACGGCAGCUUCGACGACUACAGGCUGUUUGAGAGGAGGAAGUGGCCGCGAGUCAAGAAACCUUCAUCGUCUCGAACCCUUGGUCCGAUCUGGGACGGCUGGAAGGGCUAAGCCUCCUGAUUGGUUGAAGCAGGCUCCUGGCCCCGCCCACAGCAGCCUGAAGGAGGGGGAGGGGGUGGUCGUCGAGGCGACGGUGCCGACCGACCGCCACGCCCCCGCCUUGCCGGUCAGCCAAUCAGCUUCUGCAACCUCUGUGACAUCACCAGGCCCCUCCCACCCUGCUGCUCAGGGAGAAGCUGGGAUCAAACCCCCCCCACAGGCUCCUCCCACCGCCUGGGAGGGGCGGAGCUCUGGGGGUGGAGCCACACGGGGAGGGGGAGGAGUCAGGGAGGUGAACAGGAAACAUUCAUCCUUCCAGGUGAAACCACCUGAAGGCAGCUGAGCAACAGUCAGAUCGUUUUUUCUUCAGUCGUGAUCUUCAGUUUGAUGUUUCUACACUCAGCUGAUCUUUAGCUUCGUGUUUAUUUUAUAGAAAAUCCUCCAAACAAACCGAGUUCCUCAACUAGAACGACAACCUGGUGUCAGUUACAGGAAAGUUUUUCCCGUCAUUAAGACUCAUUUAGAAACCGGAUCAAUUGAUGUCGUUUCAUAAGAACUUUAAAAGAAUCUUUUUGACUCGUUCUCGUUUUAUUUUUAGUAAAAACAGAACAAAUCAGUAUCUAGUGAUGACGAAGCAAAGACAUAUUCUAAAGGCCAACGGAGACUGUUCGGCUGUCACCAAGACUUUCUCGUUGUUACCAGAUUCUUUCUCAGUAAUAUGAUUUUAUUUCUGGUAUUUCUUGUAAAAGCAGAUUCAUAAUAACGAUCAAACAGAUCCUGUUGGUUUUCUCUCCUACAUUCUGAUCAUGACGACAUUUUGCAGUAAAAUCUGAGCUCAGUCGUCUCAGGAAGGUUAAAUGAGACGCUGCUCCUCCUCCUCCUCCUCCUCCUCCUCAGGUGAGCUCCCAGCGGCCAUCUUUGUUUUAUGUCUUCACCUGUAUCCUUCUAACAGACAUUAAAGUUCGUGUUGUUACUAAACUCAGACUGAGACGUCCGACGCUCUGACAUCACUGCUGAUGUAACCGUGAUGUCACGGCUUCCCCCUCCACGAACUGGAGUGUCGGUUGCCGUAGCGACGGAGCUACAGUCGUACUAACCUGCAGACUGACUACAGUUCCCACGAUGCAGCGCGGCCAAGAGGAAGAUGAAAGAGAGAACAAACUGGAAACAGAGAAACUCUCCCAACGUCUCGUGAGCCAAUAAAAACAGGACUAGAUGAUGACGUCAUCAGAAGGUCACGGCGAUGUUUUUACUUUUGAUCUCGCCACCGUCCAAUCACCUUCUAACGUCCAGCGGUUGUAUCCUCUCAGCUUUUCAGUUUCAAUCAAA